UGAGGUUCAGCCCCGCCUGCCAGGCGGCACCCGGUUUCGCUUUGCUGCCGGUGCUUCUGGGAAUUUUUUUUUUAUUGUUUGUUUGUUUGUUUUUGCAUCGUUUGAAACUUUGUGGGUUGGGUUAGGGACCUCGGUGGAAAGGACCCAUUUAUUUUUUUUUUUUAAUUUCCAAAAUGGCAGCCUCCAGCCGCGCACAAGUGUUAGAUCUUUACCGGGCCAUGCUGAGAGAGAGCAAGCAUUUCACCGCCUACAAUUACAGAACAUAUGCUAUCAGAAGGAUAAGAGAUGCCUUCAGAGAAAAUAAAAAUGUAAAAGAUCCUGUAGAAAUUCAAACCUUGGUGAAUAAGGCCCAAAGAGACCUGGAAAUAAUUCGUCGACAGUGUCCUGGAAUGCAAAAGAAAGAGACCAUCACAAGGUUCAUAUCAGCCAACUGUAUUCCACGGACAAGCUAAUCAUUGAGAACAAAGAGGAAUCCCGGACCUAAGGAGCCUGGACCAGCCCCCUGGCAGCCAUGGACCACCUUCAGCAUCCAUUCUAUACUUGGGGUGGGACCUCGCCCAACCAUGCGUGGCCUUGCGCACCAGCUAAAAGUAUCCUCUCCCUCUGCCUGCCCCAUAAGAACUGAUGAUGGACCGGCCUUCCCGUUCCUUUGUAGCCUUUGUGAAAAGGAUAUGACGAUCUCCCUGGUUCCCAUGCUAGAAUGUAGAGCUGGAGCUCAUGCCAAUUAUUGUGCUGUGUGUUCCUGUGCCUCCUCCCACUUUACCCCAUUUGGUAGAGCAUUUCCACUUGUAUAGAGCAUUUCUUUACUGUGCUUCUCGGUGCCUGACAAUAAACACAAUUGUCUCCCUAUGCAUUUA